AACAAAGUCUGGGCGGAACUCCAUGUGCUUGUUCAGAAAAUACCCCAAAACCACCGACCUAAAAUGGCUGAUGAUGCAGAGGAGAUUGAUUUAUCUCUAGACUCGUUAUUGAAUAAAUACGGAGCCAGCAGGAGAUCGGCUCAGCAUGCAGCAGAGAGUGAGCCCUCAAGAGGUGAUAAUGAAGCGGUUGACAGAGUUGAGCAACCAAGUCAAUUCUUACAAGAGAUCAGAGAACGCGCUGAGAUUUUAAGUCGUAAUGCAGCUAAAGCCCGCAAGGUUGCCCUUCAGAAUGUGGUUAACGAUGACAGUAAAUUGCUUCGCUCAGCCUCAGCAAACUCUUCACUGGAUAUGUUUGUAGAUGUGAUACGAAGUGCCAACAUCGCUGGUGAGGACACAACAUCAUCUCUAUCUGUUUCAUCUGGCGAUGAGGACUUGAUCUCAAGCGAUGAUCUUCUACAGCCUAUUCUUCCACUUGACGCAGCACCUUGGAGGUCUCAAAGUCCCAGGGACUCUGAAAAACCCUGGGACAUUGAAGGGUCCCUGGAUACUGGAGGUCCCUGGAUGACUAGGGAACAUGAAGGGUCGAAGGUUAUUGAAAGCCCCUUGGACGUUGAAAUUUCAGCUGAAGUUCCUUGGAAAUGUGAAAGUGCCUGGAGAACUGGCAAGGAUGUUGAACAGUCCAAGACAAAUGAGAAAGCAAAUAGAUCCCAAGGCAUGGAGGGUGCCUGGAACACUGAAAACAAUGACUCACUCGGUGAUUAUGGUCUCAGCACAGAGCCCUGGGGUACUCCAACAUCACAUACCAAUGAUGACAUCACUGAGAGUGAAGACAGUGAUACAACCAGUGAGGAAUCAUCGGACAGUCAAGAUGGUGUUGAUGGUAGUCACGGCAACAUCAGUACUAACGAUAAUAGCACCAGUCUAACAUUGAACUGGGAACAAGACCAACUUGCAUCGUAUGAGAGAAGUGAUAAUGUGUCCAAACAUAGAGAUGACGAUUCAAGAUUAGUCUGGAGCCUCCAGACCAACUCCCAUCUUACGAGUCAACCAGAAACUGCAGAUGUUAAAAGUGAAGACCUAUGGAGUAAAACAGCUUUGGUUGAUGAAGAAGUAAAAGAGAAUAGUGAUGAAGUUGAUAUUGAGGAAGAUGAACUUAAAGAUGAUGACAGUAUCAAGGAUGUCAGUAAGGGCAGAGCAGAAGAUGGUACUAGUACCAGGGGAUAUGCGGUUACAGUUUCUUCUCUCGUUCCAUCUCAUACAUGUGACAGCAAUCUCGAUGCCUCAAGUCCAAAUCAUAACAAUGAAAGAUUCAGUCGUCAGAUUGAUGAUAAGAUGAGCUUGGAUGAUGGUGUCAAAAUAGGAAAUGAGUUUGAUGGCAGAAGUGUUAAUUUAACUGGAUCUGAAGUGGAGACCACCACAGAAAUGCAAACAGUCCAACACGAGGAUGAUGGUCGAAAUGAUGACGAUCAGCCUCUCUGUCUUAUCGGGAAGAACGUCUGGAAGAAUAUUUUAGAGGAUGAAGGACAGGGAGACGGUGAAGCGAUGGACCAACAGCUCACAAGUGAUAUUAUGGUAGCAACUUUGGUCGGAAAUUCCCUUUUUUGUGGAAGUAAUGAUGCUGUAGAGGUACAAAGAGACAAGGAUGACAAUGUUGAAGUAUUUAGUAUGGACAUCACAGCUGUAGCUGAGACAGAUGACUCCAUCAAUCCAGUUGGUAUUGGAUCCCAGAUAGGAGCAAUAACUAGAGAAAUGGACGGAGGUACAGAGCAGUUUCUUACAAAUCUGGAACUCUCAUUCGAUACUGACCAAUCAGAUCAUUCAAAUCUAAAACUCUCAUUCGAUACUAACCAAUCGGAUCCUUCAAAUUUGAAACUCUCAUUCGAUAACCAAUCAGACCCAUCAAAUCGAAAACUCUCAUUUGAUACAAGCCAAUUGGAUGCAACAUCUAACGUCACUGAUAACUUGUCUUCUGGUGCAAAGGAUCAUAACGUGUGUGUGGAGAGUAAUGUGAAGGAUGACCUUAAGGAGGUAGCAUCCUCUCUUCAUGUGGAACAUUCAACUUGCCUUGAGCUUCUCUUGCCCACAAUGGACAUCUCAUUAUCUGCUAAGGAUGAUAAGAUUUCUGCGAGGAACAAAGAUGAAAUGGAGACAACAAAUGCAGUUUCUCAAUCUCGGCAACCUAAACACCCAAGCAGCUCUGACCAUGGUUUAUUACUUCCCACUGUAACAAACACCACAUCAACUGUAAUGGAUGCAAAUGAUGACACCAUCCAAGAUGAGAUAGAUUUGAGUUCAAGAUCUCACCCACUUUAUUCUCAAAUUCCAAAUGCCUCAAUGGAAGCAGACAAACCCUUGGAUUCUUCAUCUUCUGUUUUUAAGAACAAUGACAGCAACGUCCUUGAUGUAAGUCUUGAGGAAGAUUUGAAGACGGGAGUUAAAGUGGACACGGCUACAAGCGGGUCUCAUACUGAGCGUUUAAGAACAUUAGAUCAAGUUGAUUCUGAAUCCAAUGUGGGGGAUGGGUUAGAGGGAAGAGUUAACGAGACAAGGGAUGCGAGUAAAAGUUCCUCAUCGUCUUCCUGCAUUCAGCAUCAAUCAUUUCGAGAUGAGCGGACGGAAAGUUUUGAAGUUCUGCCUCAUGGAAACAUUCCUUGUACUCAAUCACUCUCUCUGGAAUCCAUGAACGACAAAAGCAAUCCUAUCGCGGAAAAGUCAGAAACAAAGUUUGGUUUGACUGCAUCUAAAACUGUCAGUUACAACACUAAUAACUCUAAUAUGGGAAACUUAGCUCAUGAAAAACGUCAAGAUGUACACAAAAUGCUGCAGAAGAGUUGUGCACCUUUAAGUAGUGAAGAAGAUGUGAGUAGGCCUAAUCGCUCCAACUUGAGACAGUCGAUAAAAUCUGUUAAUCUCAGAACUCCAAACUUGGAAAAAACACCAAAUAAAGAUUUGACACAAGAUGAUUUGCAUAAUCAAACUGAAGGAGUAGUUUUUACAAAAGAUAUGCACUCUUCAAGAGGAACCACACUUGAUUCACCCAAAGAAAUUCCUAAAAGUUCAGAAAAAGAAGCGAUCUGUUCGCAUAGAAAUCCUCCGGAUGAAGACGCUGUGAGGACCGUGAAAGGGGACUACAAAACAAAAGAACAGGAGUCCAAGAAAGUCUGCAAAGGUAGACAUCCUGAAGGGCUGGAGAGGAGUCAGCAACCAGACUACAAAACAGAGAAACAGGACAGGAAUGUUUGGGAAGGUAGCCAUCUGGAGGGGAUGGAAAAGAGUCAAAACCCAAACAACAAAACGAAGAAGCAGGAGGCCAAGAAGACCAAGGACGGUAGACAUCAUGAAGGGCUAGAUAGGAUUCAAACACUGAACUACAAAACAGAGAAACUGGCGGCCAAGAAUGCCAGGGAUGGUAGCCUUGGAAGGGGUGAGAAACUGGACUACAACACAGAGAAACAGGAGGCCAAGAAGGGCUCAGAGGGUCGACAUCCUGAAGUGUUGGAAAGGACUCAGAACGUCCACCAGAGUAAAUCUGUGGGUGUUCGUGCCAAGAGUGGGGUUAACCCUAGUCGAGGGGCUUCUUCAACAAACUCAGGACGUCAGGCUACACUGACGAAGCAGGACACUAAAGAUCGGAAGAAUUCUUCCGAGCAGAGUGGUGUCAAUCCAGAAGGUGAUGAUGACGGAGUGAGAGCAGUAAGUGUACGCAAUCUCAUCGCAAGGUUUAACGGUGGGAAGGUCUUGGCUCCUGAGCCCCCAAGCUCUGAGACGAGGAGGGGUGGUCGGGGUGUCUCUGGUCUGGGCGGUAGAGCAACAGGAAGACUGACCAGCAUGGAGGUUGCUCAUGAGGAUAGGCCUUUGAUGCGUAAAGAGAGUUCUGAGACAGCAAUGGAGACUGUCAAUCAAGUCAUACCUUGGAUGCAGGAGCUUGCCAACCGCAGGAAGAGAACAGGACAUGGGUCAGUCUGGGAGAAGAUGACUAAACAAAUGUCUGAGAAAUAAAGAGUAAGAGGAACUUCAAAAACUACACAAAAUAUAGAAGGCUUAGGGCUGUAUAACUAUGCAAGGCAUUAAAGGCACUGGGGCCGAUUUCCAGGGCAGUAUAACUAUGCAAGGCAUUAAAGGCACUGGG